GAUAUCUGUUUGUUUCGUGUUAUCAUCCGAGCGCAUCCUUGCGCGAGUCGCGCGGUGCCAACAUCUCGCGAUGUCGGGAAUUUUGUCUGUCACGCAGGUCCUAUCGUUCUUCGUCGCACCCUACUCGCUGUUCCGUCGUUCAGUGGGUCCCCCGCGUUUCCUCGCACCCACCAGGAGGACGAGUCGCGCGAACUAGCUGUUCUGAAGUCGCGCUGAGUAGACACGAAUUUCCGAGUGACCGUUCGUCGUAUCCAAGGGCAGAAGAUAUACCGUGUCGCGACCAUAUCUGUCUUUUUGUUUUGACACGCAAUCAACACAGCCACCAUCGUGUGCAGUUUUUGCAAACGCAGACGCAGCCAUUGCUCGUUGGUUUAAAGAGACGUACGCAGCGAUUUGCAGCGGAGAAUGAUUACGCGAGAAAAUACACGUCUGAUUCCAGAUCCGAGUGCGCGGGGCAUUUUUUGAGACGAAGGUAGUCCACUAUUCCCAUAUUGCACCACCUCGGCCACACGAAAUUCACUGAUGAUGAGUUGCGUACGUUGCUGCUUGAUUGGCGCGAGUCGCUUGGCAUCUUCUAACCAUGUCAACAAUCAUGUAUAUAAAAUUGUGAGGAUUGCGGCCACGAGAACUCUGACAACCAGCAGCAGCUUGGGAAAAACCCCAACUGAUACUACACCACCUUCCAAGGACACACAUACCAUAUCUGGUGGAUCUUCCAGUGGUGGUACUAGCGGUGGUGGAAAGAAAAGCACACUAACCUGUCCCAAGUGUGGAGAUCCUUGUACACAUGUAGAAACAUUUGUAUCCUCUACAAGAUUCGUCAAGUGUGAGAAAUGUCAUCAUUUCUUCGUUGUCCUAUCGGAUACUGAUUCGAAGAGAAGUUUAAAAGAACCACUGAGGCCAGAAGAUAGUAAGCAAGGAGGAUAUAGAAAACCACCACCUCCUCCUAAAAAGAUAUUCGAAUAUUUGAACAAACAUGUUGUUGGUCAGGAAUAUGCAAAGAAGGUGUUAAGUGUUGCCGUUUAUAACCACUAUAAACGAAUUUAUAACAAUUUACCGAUACAAAACUUGGUACAAACCAAUACUCAUGCAGUUGGUACGCAGGAGACAAAUCAUCCCUUCACUCAUAGAGGUCUCAAACCACAUUUACUACAUAUUUCGGGUGUCGGAAAUCCAUUGGGAGUUGGAUAUCAACACGUUAACAUAGGAAGUGAGCAUAAGUCAUCGGGCAGCCAGUCUGUCCCUGGAUCGGACAUCUUGGAUAGCAAGCAACAUCAAUUGAAAUUAGAGAAAAGUAACAUACUGUUACUCGGCCCUACAGGCAGUGGAAAAACGUUACUCGCACAGACAAUAGCGCAAUGUUUAGAUGUUCCGUUUGCAAUCUGUGAUUGCACCACUCUGACACAAGCUGGUUACGUCGGCGAAGAUAUAGAAAGUGUUAUAGCUAAGCUCCUUCAGGACGCAAAUUACGUAGUAGAUCGAGCUCAAAUGGGGAUUGUUUUUCUGGAUGAGGUUGACAAAAUAGGAGCUGUACCUGGAAUCCAUCAGUUGCGAGAUGUUGGUGGGGAAGGGGUGCAACAGGGAAUGUUAAAGAUGCUUGAAGGAACGAUUGUGAAUGUACCAGAGAGAAAUAGCUCCAGAAAGCUUCGCGGUGAGACGUUACAGGUGGACACAACGAAUAUUCUUUUUGUCGCCUCGGGAGCUUACAACGGUCUAGACAGGCUUAUUUCACGACGUAAAACUGAAAAAUACCUCGGGUUCGGCGCAAAACCCGCAUCCGAAAGUCCAGGUAGACGAGCUGCAACUUUAGCUGACGUUGCUAAUAUGUCGCCCUCUACUGAAAGAGACAAUAAAGAAAAGGACACGUUACUGCAACAAGUAGAGGCUAGAGAUCUCAUUGAUUUCGGCAUGAUACCAGAAUUCGUUGGCAGAUUCCCCGUGCUUGUGCCUUUUCAUACACUUGACAGAGACAUGCUAGUAAGAAUUCUUACUGAGCCAAAAAAUGCUAUCGUUCCUCAAUUUCAAAUGUUGUUUUCAAUGGACAAGGUUGAGCUAACAUUCGAUAUCAACGCCCUGAACGCAAUUGCUUCUUUGGCAAUGGAAAGAAAGACGGGAGCACGAGGUUUGCGCGCGAUUAUGGAGUCGUUACUUUUGGAUCCUAUGUUCGAAGUACCGGGAAGUGAUGUUAUGUCGGUUCAUGUAACAGAACAAUGUGUAAAGGGUCACGAGAAACCCCAGUAUGUGAGACGAGGUGAUAGCAAUGAGGAUGAACUUCAAGCACAGCAUGUACAUAGUUAACAAAUAACUAAAAAAUGUAAUACUUUGGUAUAAUUAUUUCUUUAACGAUAGAUAGACCAUGUUUGAGAAAGAAAUUAAAU